AUGUCUGUGCAACCUUUGAACGAUCUCUGGGAAGCUGCUGCUGGUCAGCCGUACGAGCCCACCAUUGGCAAGGACUCGCAGUUCACCGUCGGCAUCACUCUGUUGUUUACUGCUCUUGUUCUGUCCGGCUACUUCGGCCUGAACCCGUCGCUCAAGAACCUCCCAUUGAUCGGCCUGCCUGCUUCUCUCGCUGCUGGCUUCGGUGCCGUCUACAUGAUUUGCGCUGUAGGCGUAUACGUUUGA